ACCGGGCGGAAGCGCGGUCCGCACGACCGAGAGUUGCGAGCACAGGGUCCGCGCAGUACUCUCCCUUCCUAGCGGCGGGCCAGCCCGCCCAUGGCGCUGCAGGCGCUACACAGCUCGGGCGUGGGCCUGCGCAGGAUCCUGGCUCACUUUCCGGAGGACCUGAGUUUGGCCUUCGCCUACGGUUCUGCGGUGUAUCGCCAGGCAGGACCCAGUGCACACCAGGAGAAUCCCAUGUUAGACCUAGUGUUCACAGUAGACAACCCUGUUGCCUGGCAUGCAAUGAACUUGAAGAAGAAUUGGAGCCACUACUCCCUCCUCAAACUCCUGGGGCCCAGGAUCAUCUCAUCUGUCCAGGAUAAUUACGGUGCCGGAGUCUACUUCAACCCCCUGAUCAUGUGUGACGGGAAGCUUAUCAAAUAUGGGGUUAUUAGCACUGGCACUCUGAUUGAGGACCUCCUCAACUGGAAUAACCUAUAUAUCGCUGGACGCCUCCAAAAGCCGGUGAAGAUUGUAUCAAUGAGUGAGAACAUGGUUCUCAGAGCUGCCCUGGAUAAGAACCUGAAGAGUGCGGUGACCACCGCCUGCCUCAUGCUGCCAGAAAGCUUCUCGGAAGAAGACCUGUUCAUAGAGAUUGCUGGGCUCUCCUACUCAGGUGACUUCCGCAUGGUGAUUGGCGAGGAAAAAGCAAAAGUGUUGAACAUCGUGAAGCCCAAUGUAGGCCAUUUCCGAGAGCUCUAUGAGAGUAUAUUACAGAAGGACCCCCAGAUGGUGUAUAAGAUGCAUCAAGGCCAACUGGAGAUAGAUAAAAGCCCAGAAGGACAGUUCACUCAGCUCAUGACACUGCCCAGAACCUUACAGCAGCAAAUCAAUCACAUCAUGGACCCUCCUGGGAGAAACAGGGAUGUGGAAGAGACUUUACUGCAAGUGGCCCAAGACCCCGACUGUGGAGAUGUGGUGCGACUAGCAGUCUCAUCAAUCGUCAGACCUUCCAGCAUCAGGCAGAGCACCAAAGGCCUUUUUACUGCUGGUGUGAAGAAGUCUGUGAUUUAUAGUUCACGGAAACUGAACAAAAUGUGGAAAGGGUGGGUGAGAAAACAGUCCUGACCUGACUGAUGCUGUGUUACGUGUAGAUUAUGAAUAAAUGGCUCCAUGCUUUUUGACAGA